AUGAAUUCGGCUGAUCCUCGACGUCCAAACAAAAUCAACAGGUAGAUUUACGAACUUGUUUUGUUUUUUUUUAAAUUUUUUAAUAUUUUAAGUACAAAAUAAUUGGCGAUUUUGAGUAUAUUUAAGUUUACAUCGUCGUAUUUUCAGGUAUAAACCAGUUGAUCCUCAAACCGUGGCGUAUUCUGCUGACGAUGCGAUUCCUGAAUACAUGAACAUCUUUGGCAUGAUCUUUUCUAUGUGUGGAUUGAUGAUGAGGGUAUGUUAUUCUUUACCAUGUUGAGAUGCAGAUAAAAUAAUUUUCUUUUAGAUGGCAUAACUUUACACUACUUUUUGCCAAAAAGGUUUCUAUUUUUAUGUUUCAUGUGUACACAGUUUUAUACAGGUUUGAUUUAUUAUAUGUCUCAUAUCUCCUGUUUUCAGCUGAAAUGGUGCUCAUGGGUAGCUUUGCUGUGUUCUUGUGUUAGUUUUGCCAACACUCGUACUAUCGACGACACCAAACAAAUUCUCAGUUCUUUCAUGUAAGCGGACUAAUGUUUUUUUUGUAUUUUUAAUGUUUAGGCUUUCGAUCUCCGCCGUUGUCAUGAGUUAUCUUCAAAACCCCACACCAAUCUAUCCUCCGUGGGCGAAUUUGGUCUAG